GACCGCUCCUCCCUUCUUCGUCUUCCUAUCUUUCUCUCAUCUUGUUAUUUUUUGCUUGUCUCUUCAUCCUUAGCCCUUCUUUUUCUUUCUGAUUACCCUAUUUUUUGCUCAUUCUUCUUUUGGUCUUCUUCCGAGGGUAUUCGGUGAAUUUUAUCAGAUUAAGCAUCUCGAUCGGUUUUUUUUUGUUUCAAAUUUGGUCUACUCUCUUUGUUACCUAUAUAUUUCAGAUAAUUUGGCUUGCGGACUCCGAUUCUGACUAAGCAACCGGGGAUCCCGAAUAGUUGCAUUUCUAGGGUUCACCGGCUGCUGGAAGGUUUUCUUUUUUUUUCCUUUUCAUUUUCUUAACCAAAUUAAGGGCGUUUUCUGAAGUGAUUGCAGCAUGGAAUGAAUAUCAAGACUUUGGUGCAGUGGAGCUGCUUGUCCCGCUUUUAGCUUUUGGGGUUCCAUCAUGAUCGGGGAAAUGGGCGAGGGGCCUAAAUUUACUGGGCUUAUAGGAGGAACCAACAACAAUGGCAACAAUUACUAUGAAGGUUUUUACCAAAAACUCGGUGAGGGCACUAACAUGUCUAUUGACAGUAUACAAACAAGUAACGCCGGUGGGUCUGUUUCCAUGUCAGUUGAAAAUAGUAGUGUGGGCUCUAAUGAUUCUCUAACACAUAUUUUAAGCCAUCCUGGUCUGAAGCCUGUGAACCGCCACAAUUACUCUGUCUCUGUGGGGCAGAGUGUGUUCCAUCCCGGUAAGGUUGGCCAUGCACUUAAUGAUGAUGCAUUAGCACAGACAUUGAUGGAUAAUAAGUACCCAACUGAGAGAUUGCAAAAUUAUGAUGACUGGACUAUUGAUUUAAGAAAAUUAAAUAUGGGUAUGGCUUUUGCUCAAGGAGCUUUUGGGAAAUUGUACAGAGGUACAUAUAAUGGUGAUAAUGUUGCAAUUAAGAUAUUGGAAAGGCCAGAGAAUAGUCCAGAGAAGGCACAAGUUAUGGAGCAGCAGUUUCAGCAGGAACUUAUGAUGCUUGCAACGCUGAAGCAUCAGAAUAUUGUGCGAUUUAUUGGGGCAUGUCGUAAGCCUAUGGUUUGGUGCAUUGUGACAGAGUAUGCAAAGGGGGGAUCAGUUCGACAGUUUCUAACAAGGAGACAGAAUCGUGCUGUGCCAUUGAAAUUGGCAGUUAAACAGGCUUUGGAUGUUGCAAGAGGAAUGGCCUAUGUUCAUGGGCUUGGGUUUAUUCAUAGGGACUUGAAGUCAGAUAACCUUCUAAUAGCUGCCGAUAAAUCCAUAAAGAUUGCAGAUUUUGGUGUUGCAAGAAUUGAGGUGCAGACUGAGGGCAUGACACCGGAGACUGGGACAUACCGGUGGAUGGCUCCAGAGAUGAUACAACAUAGGCCCUACACACAAAAAGUAGACGUGUAUAGUUUUGGAGUUGUGCUUUGGGAGCUAAUCACUGGCUUGCUUCCUUUCCAGAACAUGACCGCCGUGCAAGCAGCAUUUGCAGUGGUUAACAAGGGUGUUAGGCCGGUUAUUCCAAAUGAUUGUCUCCCUGUGCUGAGUGAGAUCAUGACCCGAUGCUGGGACACUAACCCAGAAGUCCGUCCUCCCUUCACCGAAAUAGUAAAGAUGCUCGAGAAUGCCGAAACUGAGAUAAUGACAACUGUUCGUAAGGCCCGCUUCAGAUGUUGCAUGACUCGACCUAUGACAAUUGACUGAUCCAAAAUAGAAGAGUGGAGAAAUGAUAAAUGAAAAGAAUAAAGAGGAGCAGUAAAUUUUAAGAAUAU